AGAGAGUCAACGAAACAUUGAAACAGGCUAGAGAGAACAACAUAACACAACGGCGGUGGUGUGCAAAAGCAAAAGAAUUCACUGGAGCUUUUCCCAAUGAAAUUGCUGAAUAGAUAUAUAUCGAACGAACGAAAUCAAAGGGAAAACGAUACACACACAAUAUUCGUUUUUCUCUUUCGGACUGGGACACAAUAUAAUACAUACGCACAUAGAGCAAUUUUAUUUUUCGUAUUGCUGAAAUGGAAAAUCGGCCUAUGUGACCAAGUCAACAAGACAGAGACAAAGCGAAACUGAUUUUUCAGCACAACAUAGAGAAGGAGAGAGUGAUAGAGUGUGAGAUGUGGUCCGUUUUUAUUUUAUUGUUGUUGUUGUGGUGAUUUAAUACACAAAAAUAGCAGAAUUUUUCAGUUCGGCAAACAAUUUUGUGUACACUUAACAAGAACAAGAGAAACGCAUUUGUAUCGUCGUCGUUUUUCUUCUUGUUUUUGUAUUAAAACGCAUCGACGCAGGAUUUUCUUUCGUCGUGGAUACGGACGUUUUUGACAAUUUUAUUUGGGUUUGGACAAACGAGUCCAUCGAGUUGAAGAAAAAUAAGGAAAAAAAGGCGCUUAAGUGAAAAACACUCGAAACGCAAAUGGAAUAAACACGAUUUGCGCACUAUAAUAAUGUUGAUUGUUUUUUUCCAAACUGACUCUGAGUGAAUAGUUGGUGCGGAGCAAGUGAAUUGAAAACAGAAAAUAGUGCGUGGCAUACAGAAUUGUGUGAACUUUGUCAAAGUCAGCUGAGAUAUACAAUCGCUUUAACUUUGAUACGAAUCGUUUACCUUUUUUUAUUACGUUUUUCUUUCUCUGUGCUUUUGAACGUUCGUCGAAUCUAGAGGAACAACCACACCGAAUUUCGAACGGUUUUUUUUCAUUUCUCUAAUGACUAUCUAUGAAUUUCGUUGACCGGUUCAAUCAUUUGUACGUUUCUACUUAAAAACUAACGUAAACACUGAACAAAAAUAGACAAAAUCGAAUCGACACCAAGUCAAAGGGCAACAAAACUGCAACUCAAAAGACUCUCUCUCUUUAUACAUUUUUACACGCGAAUUCAUCAUCAUCAUCAAAAAUCAUAUCAAGUUGACACUUUUACAUGUAACUGACUCUAUCGUGCGCGACGGUUUAUCGUUUUUUAUAAUUCUCGUGGUAAAUUUUUGUUCGUGUGUGUGUCCCUUUGCUCUCUCUUUUUUGUUAUGAUUACUAAAUGUCGUCGGAUUCGUCGUCGAAAUAAAUAUAAAAUCAAUAAUUAAGUUGUAAAAAAUAAGCGGAACAGAGAGAGAGAGAGAGAGAGAGAGGAAGCCAAACGAAAUUUAAUGGGAUUGAAAGAAGAAGGCUGAGAGAUAAAGCAAAGGAAGGGAGAAAGAGUGUGAAACGGACAACAGACGAUACGGCACUUCAAUUGCUUUAUUAUAUAUGACACUAGAUUAUUGGGGGUGUUGAAUAAUUGUGUGUGUGCAUUGGCAUAGAGAGUGCAAAUUACGAUCCGAUGGAAAUAUUAAUAAAAGCCAAUGAAUCAGCCAUAGUGAUUGACAUUCGACUGCACACAUUUGGCGCCGUUUGAUUAUAAAUAUCAUCACACACACACACACACACACACACACGCAGAGAUAGAGAUAGGUUUGGGAAGCAGAAAAAAAACCAAAGAGCCGAAAGCCCAAAUGAAAAUCAGCCACAAUAAUCAUAGCUACUUGUCGCCAUCGAAACUGAAUAGCCUUGCCACGGUGAAAACGACACUACUGUCAGCUGCAUCAAACACCGAUGACACGUAUACAACAACAACCACCACCGAUCUCGUUGAUAAAUUAAUCAUUGACAAAUCGAACGUCAACGAUAAUCUGACAUCAUCCGUGAAUUGCAUUGACGAUGAAACCAAUGACAAUAUUUUGUCGACAAUGCCCACAUACACCGAAUACAAAAGCCCGUAUCGAGACUAUUUAUUGGGUGUCAAUGAUAACAGCAUCGAUUAUGUGGAUCAACUCAAUGGAUCGUCGGGUGAUACGGAUGAUGCGCUUAGUCUUACACCAAAAACCGUAGCACCAUUUCGAUUCAGUGAUUACACACUGGAUGCAUCGUCGACAACAAUCCGAUCAACAACAACCGCAUCAAUUGCAACACCAAAAACACCGGACUAUCUAACCACAGAUUUUUCACCGUUGAAUCGUUGCAUUCAAAAUAUCGAUGAUUUACUGAGUUUCACUGCCACCCACACAACAACGGCCACCACCACCACAUCGUCUACGCUCAACAGCUGGAACGAUGCCAAUAGUGAAUUUGCGCGCAAAGAACUUGCACACACUGCGUGCAGCACACGAAAACCAUUGCUAUCGGCCCAGAAUCGAUUUCUAUCGCUAUCCAUCUCGCCACCGUUGAGUCGACGCCAAGAUAUGCCCGUUCUCAGAGGCACUUUUGUUAGUCUUUCCGAGCCACGAUCAUUCGCCUCCACAUAUCCGGGUGGUGGUGGCGGCGGUGCUAGCGGCAUCGCUGGCAUUGCACACGAAUCGGAGAAUUGCAGUCUGUAUGGAUCCGAUGAGGAACAAGAAGACGAUACACAAUAUUGUCGCGGUGGCUAUCAUCCGGUUGUUAUUGGUGAUGUCUUUGAUAAUCGCUAUCGUGUCGUCCGUAAACUUGGCUGGGGACACUUCUCCACUGUUUGGCUGUGUCGCGAAAUUUUGAAAAAUAAUUAUGUUGCAUUGAAAGUGAUUAAAAGUGCUCAGCAUUAUACGGAAACGGCGGCCGACGAGAUUCGAUUAUUGGAGGCAAUUCGACAAAAUGAAUCGCAGCAUCCGUACUGUGGGAAAAUCGUUCGUCUUCUGAACCAUUUCACGAUUCGUGGCGUGAAUGGUGUGCACACCUGCCUAGUAUUCGAGGCACUUGGCUGUAGCUUAUACAAACUUAUAGUUAAAAAUAAUUUCCAAGGUUUACCCAUUAAAAUGGUUAAAUCAAUUAUUAGACAGGUUUUACAAGGAUUAUAUUAUCUACACGCCAAAUGUGGCAUCAUCCAUACCGACAUUAAGCCAGAGAACAUUUUACUGUGUCCCAAUAACCCAGAUGAAAUCAAUCGACAAAUUGACAAUGAAAUCACAGCCUUAAAGGAACGAAAUAUCAAACUUCCCGUGUCUUAUGUCAGCGCAAGCACGAAACAAAAGUAUGAUCGUGAUUUGUCCGAUCCGGAUAUAUCUUAUAGCUUUUCCAAUUACGACAGUUUGCCGGCGGCUGAUUUAUCUUCCAAAAACGAUUUUGAUACCAAUUCUAUUGAUAGUUUAAGCAUACAAUCGGAUUUGAUUGAAAAAUAUAUGCCAAACGCAUCGACGGCGCUAUCAUCAGCCAGCGGCCACAUCAAACGCUACAAGAUGGAACGAAAGAAUAGCCAACAAUCGCAGCACGGUAAACAGGAAUUAUCGGUGGCAAGCGGUGUGAAUAUGCAGUGCGUUGAAUGCGAUCCAAGUUUGCUCGAACUAAUUGGCGACACGGAAAUUUGCAUGAAAAUCGCUGACUUGGGCAACGCUUGCUAUAACGACCAUCAUUUCACCGAAGACAUUCAAACGCGUCAGUAUCGGUCGAUUGAAGUGCUGCUGGGCUCCGAAUAUAAUUACACGGCGGAUAUUUGGAGCACGGCGUGUUUGGCAUUCGAAUUGCUGACGGGCGAUUACUUAUUCGAUCCACGCGGUUCCGAUGAGUAUUCACGUGACGAAGAUCAUCUGGCUCACAUCAUUGAACUGCUUGGCAACAUUCCACCACACAUCAUCUUUCAGGGCAAAUACGGACACAAAUAUUUUAAUAGUUACGGCAAUCUACGAAACAUUACGAAAUUGAAACCAUGGGACCUAUACAGCGUUCUUGUUGAUAAAUACAACUGGAAUUCAUUCGAUGCCAGAGAAUUUACUGACUUUUUGGAACCAAUGCUCAAUUUCGAUGCAAACACCCGGGCAACGGCUGCUCAAUGGUUGGAUUUUGACUCGGCUCUUUUUUUUAUUAUGCAGCAAAUUUCGGAUUCAGUUUUUCGUUCCAAUUACAAUUUGGAAUUCGAUUUUUUUUCUGAGCUCCCACUCAGUUUGUUCCAAUUCUUUUGUUAUUUCUUACUUUAUCAUGUUUCAUUUCAAGCUUCAAUUGUUUCUUUCAAACGUGUGAAUUUUUUUUAUUACAUACUUACAUUCAACGUUCGUCUUACCAUUUGUCUUUUUAUUUCAUUUUCAGCCUAGAUCACCCGUGGCUUUUAGAGGAAAACUGUUAAAUCAAUAUUGGGAAUGUGCAAACUCUCUCAAUGCUAAUAACUAAUGUUAAUGUUUCUUAGAACUGAGAAUUUGAAUGCAAUUUAAACCAAAUGGAUUGAGAUUCAAUAAUAAAACCAAAAUUAUAAAGUUUUAGAAUCACUUUAUGUAUUGUAUCGCAAU